AUCCGGUGAUUCUCGUACGCGUGAAAAGAUGGCGGCGCACAUGUGUAAAUGUCCCGAGAUGCUGAGGCCUAUCAGUAGAGCAGUGCUGGUGGGGAGGGGAGUCCCCCUGUCACACAGCCAUGCAGCUGUGGUAGGGACAGCCUCUGUACGGAGAGACUUCCAUCUCUGUCAGGCAAGACACAACCAAAGAAAAACAUUUCUUGGACAGUUCAUUGACAACCUUAGGCAGGAAAUGACGAAGAACAAAGAAAUGAAGGAAAAUUUAAAGAAAUUUAGAGAAGAAGCACAGAAACUGGAGCAGUCUGAUGCACUUAAAGAGGCCAGAAGAAAAUAUGAGAAGAUUGAGGCUGAAACAGCAAAGAGUUCCCAGGUCCUGCAGAAAGGAGUUGACCAAAUAAAAGACAAACUCUACGAGGGGUUUGAGGAAAUCAAGAAGUCUGACAUUGGCAAGAAGAGUUGGGAGUUGGGAGAGGAAGUGACCAAGAGAACCAGGGAGGCAGCAGAGUCUGUCAGCAAGCAGACUGAGAACAUCAGCAAGACAGCUGCAUACAGAACCAUCUCUAAAGUAGGAGAGAGUGUAAAGGAGGUAAAAGAAGAAUUUGAUGAAAGUUUGGCAUCCAGGGCAAAAGUCUACAGACCACCAAAACAACUGAGGAAGAGAAAAGAAUUUCACAUUGAAGAUUUUAUGGAGGAGAAACCAAUUGAAGCAAAUGAAGAAGCCACUGGUGUUGUCAUGCACAAAGAGUCCAAGUUCUACCAACAAUGGAGAGACUUCAGAGACAAUAGUCCCAUAGUUAACAGAGUGUUUGACCUUAAGAUGAAGUAUGAUGAGAGUGACAACGUGGUUGUCAGGGCCUCCAGACUCAUCACAGACAAAGUCGGAGACCUCGUAGGUGGCUUGUUUUCUAAGACAGAGAUGUCUGAGGUUUUAACAGAGAUCAUUAAAGUUGACCCAACUUUUACAAAGGAGGCUUUUCUCAAACAAUGCGAGACUGACAUCAUCCCAAAUAUUUUGGAGGCCAUGAUCAGAGGAGACUUGGAGAUUCUAAAAGACUGGUGCUUUGAAGCUCCCUACAAUGUGUUAGCCACCCCGGUCAAGCAAGGAAAAGCUCUGGGCUGCCACUUUGACUCAAAGGUCCUGGACAUAGACAAUCUAGAUCUGGCCACAGGUAAGGUGAUGGAACAGGGUCCAGUCCUGGUCAUCAGCUUCACGGCACAGCAGAUCAUGGUUGUCAGAAAUGCCAAGGGGGACGUCACAGAGGGAGACCCGAACAAAGUUCUGAAGGUGAUCUAUGUCUGGGCGCUGUGUCGGGACCAGGAGGAGUUUGACCCUCGUGCCUCGUGGAAACUCAUGGACCUGUCUGCUUCCCAUUCUACACAGCUGUUAUGAUGACUACACACUGUCCUGGCAACACCAUUCUCAGAAUCUGUACAGUUCAUGCUGGUAGAGUGGGAGGGGGGCAUCAUAAACAUUAUACACUAAUCUUGCAAGCCAUAGAAACAAGACCCUUUAACAUAGCUUUAAAAUGUACAUUCCUGUUAUGCAUUCUACAAGUGAUGUCAUUAUUGCAUGUCAUUUGCUACAUGCACCUUCCAUUUAAUGUAGUAUGAAUAUGUGGCAGAUUGAAAAUGAAAAGUUUCUGCGCUACUUUUAUAUUUGCAGUUUUUGCAUUCACUUCUAUACUGUGAAUUUAACCAUGAAGAAAUACUUUGCCGACUUUCUUUUUGCUGCACCUGCUGCCACCACGAACAUGUCCAUUUUUUUCAGACCACAAACUUUUGCUAACUGUGAACAUAAAAGUGAUUUACAGUUGUCUUAUAAACAAAAAAGUGUCUCCAUUGCUGGUUUAUGAUACAAUGCUGAGCUUCCCCAUGAAAUGCUUUUACUGUUUCUCCAAAGCCUUUGAGUCCGACAAAAAAGACCCAUAAUUCUAGAUGAUUUGAACAAGGAGUGUUUCACAUUAGGAUAGUCUUGAAUGUUUACCUUUUUAUUAUCAAGAAUUAGGGGGCCAUUAUUAAACUAGUCAAAGCCACAAAACAUUUGUUCACAACUGUAGAAAAAUAAAUUUGUGCCAAAAUACUGCAUACAAGAAUUUGUAUACAAUAGGCACAGAGUACCAUGUAUGGUUUUCGUGCUUACAUGUAAGUCCAUUUUUGGCAACACUUUACUACAGAAGACCACCUAUAAAGUUACAAUUCUCACAUUUGAGGUACUAAGCAUCAUAGUUAUUAUAUA